CGACGCUCACCUGACGUCAUCCAGACGCGCCGCAGGCUCGGUGGCGGAGGGUAAAUUCUGUGUCAACAUCUGGUGCGUUGGGCGGAGGCCACUCGGCCCCUCCAACCUCUGUUUCGUCAAUUCUUGAGCUAUGAACCGCAAGAGAAACCUGAUUCCAGACAUCUUCCGGCAGGUUAAGAGGCGUAAAUUAGAGACUGCAGAUGGAUUUAAUUCAUUGGAUAAGAACAAAAUGGAUGAGUAUGAAGAUGUGCCAAAUGACACGAAAUCUGCAUUGAUUUUUCUGGCAUCCUUGUUUCCUCGCAAGUUAUUCGAUGAUUCCCUUCCACCCAUUGUCCUGAAGCAUCAGCUUUACAGCAUUGUUAAAGACAAAACUUUGGUCGAUCGUCAGCUGAAUGAGAUGAAGGAGCUGGGAGUUGUUCGAAUUUUCCAGUUUGGAUUUGACAUGGAUGUAUUCGGCGUUGUUUUUAGUGAAGAUUACAAAAGGAAAGUUCUGGCUGCCACGGCGAUGAGAGAUGCCGCAGCAACUGUGCAGAGAUUCCUGGAGACGGUGCUCAACUCGUGUGUCGACAUGGGCUUCACCAAGGAUCAAAUGCUCAAGGAGUUUUCAUUUCAGGACCAAGAAAUUACGCAGCUGGUGAACGCUGGAGUGCUGACAGUGCGUGACGUGGGAAGCUGGUGGCUUGCUAUUCCAGGCGCUGGCCGAUUUGUAAAGUAUUUUGUGAAAGGUCGGAAAACUGUUCUGGGGAUGAUCCGGAAAUCAAAGUUCAAUGAGGUGUUGCAGUCGGAACUGGAGACUCGGAAAGUAACGUCUGCUGUGAAGAUGGGCAUCCGGUAUCAUGUCCAUGACAUCGUUGGAGCAGAGUUGGUGAAAUGCAUCCCUACGAGCAGCGGAACUUUACUGCGCCUGAACAGCACCUGACCCACGCCAAACCCACAAUUUGACAAGAUGAGGGACAGAUGCAACAGGCAAGGAUAUAACGAAUCCCUGCAGAAGGGCGGCCAAACGGGCAGCACAGUGGAAAGAAAGGGUGCUGACGUCAAAUGUCAAAAGAAGGACUUGUUAAAAUGACUGAAGGAGGAACUGUGUAUUAUGGUCUUUAAUUAAUUGCCAAGUCUGUGAAACCAGAAUAAUAUAUAUUUAUAUAAAAUGUGUAUAGUUUCCAUUUAAAGUUUCAUUGGUAAUUAAGUCACUGAAUUUUCCUUUUUGAUGCAUCAAAUUGACUGCAAUAAAUGGCGAAUGAAUCAGAAUCAGCUUUAAUAUCACUGGCAUGUGUCCUGAAAUGUGUCAACUUUGCAGUUGCAGUAGCAGUACAAUGCAGUACAUAAGAUCAUAAAAUAUAGGAGCAGAAGUGGGCCAUUUGGCCCAUCGAGUCUGCUCUGCUAUUCAAUCAUGGGCUGAUCCAAUUCUUCCAGUCAUCCCCACUCCACUGCCUCCCCAUAUCCUUUGAUACCCUGGCUAAUCAAGAACCUAUCUAUCUCUUUCUUAAAUGUACCCAAUGACUUGGCCUCCACAGCCACUCAUGGCAACAAAUUCCACAGAUUUACCACCCUCUGACUAAAGUUAAUUUCUCCGCAUCUCUGUUCUAAAUGGAUAUCCUUCAAUCCUG